CCUCUGUUUUUCCUCUCUUUUUAUUGUCUUGAAAUUUCAAUAAAUAAAAGCCCAAAACCUAACAAAAACUUCACACUCUUUCUCUCAUUUUCUCUCUCUCUCUUUUAAAACACUAAAGACUAAAAUCCUCGAUCCACUAUAUUCUCAAAACCAACGCUAAAUUAAAACUCUCUCAAAGAAAGAAAGAAAAAACCCUAAUUUUGAUGGAAUCGGCGGAUUCCGGGUCACAACGACCCGACCCUGCUAACGGAAGCGACCCGGGCCCGUCCUUGGUCACACCCUCUUCACCUCCGGCCACGCCUAGCCGGUACGAGUCACAGAAACGACGUGACUGGAACACGUUCUUGCAGUACCUCAAGAACCACAAGCCGCCUCUCGCGCUGUCACGGUGUAGCGGAGCGCACGUGAUCGAGUUCCUCAAGUACCUCGACCAGUUCGGUAAGACAAAAGUCCACGUGGCAGUUUGUCCUUACUUUGGCCAUCAGCAACCUCCAUCUCCUUGCGCUUGCCCUCUCAAGCAAGCCUGGGGAUCUCUCGAUGCUUUGAUCGGACGGUUGAGAGCAGCCUACGAGGAGAACGGUGGACGACCCGAUUCAAACCCGUUCGCCGCACGUGCGGUCAGGAUUUACUUGAGGGAAGUCAGAGAAAGUCAAGCCAAGGCCCGUGGGAUUCCCUACGAGAAAAAGAAACGGAAACGGCCACCAACAGUUUCCACCGUUAGAGUUGACGUUGCUCCGUCGAGACAGAUUGACGGAGACGGUUGUAACCUCGGUGCUCCGUCUGUCUCUGAGGCUGUACCGCCUUAGACUAAAUUACUAUAUAUUAUCAUAAUUUUCUUGAUUUAUUAAAUACAUCAUCUAUAUAUAUAUAUAUAUAUGUAUGGAACUCACUUCACCUUCCUUGUUCCCUAGUAACUAAUUAUUAAUUUUUGUGAGUUAAUCGUGAAAAUAUAUACCGACGGAUUGUUUUA